UGAAUAUUCUGAAUAUUUUAAAAUAAUUAGACUUUGGAAAAGACGAAGAGUGAAGAAAGAAUAUCUGUGUUGUUUUGUUUUGGUCAAUUAAAUGCAAAAGUUAAAAACACAGGAUUUUAAGAACCUUUCCGAGAGUACAAUAAGAACUCUUGCUCAAAAUCGGAUAAUUACACUAUUGGAUUUUCUUCAAGAAGAUGUAUCUAAGUUAUCAUCUUUAACAAAAUUAAGCCUACAUGAUAUUUUAGCUAUACGGAAUGAAAUAUUUUCAAGAUACUCAGCCCCUUUAAUAAAUGGCACGGAUUUGCUUACAAAAGUUUAUAAAAGUAGAAAUCGAAUAAGUUCAGUCAUUGAAAGUUUAGAUUCAAUUCUAAAUGGGGGUUUUCCAGUAAGAUAUAUAACAGAAAUAUGUGGCUUAGCAGACUCUGGAAAGAGUCAACUAUGCUUCCAGUUAGCUAUAAAUGUUGCAAAAGAUAAUGUUAGAACUGUCCUCUAUAUUGGUACUAAAGGAGAUUUCUCUGCAGUCCGGGUGCAGAGAAUGUUGGAUGCUCAAGGAUACUCACAUAAGGAUAUGGCAUCAAUAAUGUAUAGAAUUAGAGUUGUGCACAUAUGGACUCUGGAAGAUUUAGUAGAGCUAUUCAAAGGCAUCAAAAAUAAGACAUUUGACGCAGAAAACUUAGCACUAGUUAUUGUUGAUUCUCUACCAUGCUUGAUGUUUCAACAUCUUGGAGAUGAGAAUAAAAUGGGUUUAUCUUUUUUGAAUGUCUUGGUAAAUUAUAGCAGAUUUAUAGCAAAUGAGUUUAAUGUCGCAAUAAUAUACAUAAAUAUACAAACAAGAUGGAUUGAAAAUGACAUUUCGGAUUUAGAAGAUGAUGAUGAAUCAUCUUCUUGCCUCAAGGAAAAUGUAUACAUCGAGAAAAGAAAUAGAUGUUUAGGAAAAUAUUGGGAGAGUGUGCCUGUAUUAGUCCUUCAAUUAGAAAAAUUAGAACUUAUCUCUAAGGAAAAUGAAUCUUAUACUGAGCUCAAAGUAUCAGUUAUAACUUCUAAUGUUACUAAAUGUAACAAUAAUCAAUGUAUUUUAAAGUUAAGCACUAAGGGUAUAAUUUGAUUUUUUAAUAAAUUCGUGUAAAAAAUGUUUAAAAGCAAUUAUUUUUAUAUUCUGAAAAGACUGACGCGUGGUGUAUACCUUGUAAGGUAAUUGUUACCUACGCCGAGAUACCUAGAUACGCCGAUUUCUGAAGUUGCGGGAAAUUUAGAUUUUAGAUUCUAUAAAACGAAAUGUUCUUACUAGAUG